CUCUGCAGCCGCACGCUCUGCAAUGGCAAUCGCCGCAGAUGACCGGUACACGAUCGGUGGGAAACCAGAGCACCGCUGUCCCCAGCCUGUCGCACGACUGGAACCUGCUUCUUUCGCAGAUUUUGGUAGAGCCCAGGAUGAGAAGAGAAGAGGAGCGGUUUAGGACUUUCCAGAACUGGCCCAGCGAUGCCCCGGUCACCGCGAUGGACCUGGCCAAAGCAGGCUUUUACUUCCUUGGACCCGGGGAUAAAGUGCAGUGUUUCUGUUGCGGUGGAGUGUUGAGGUACUGGGUUCACGGAGACAGUCCGCUGGGUGAGCACAAGAGACACUUCCCCACGUGUCGUUUCGUGCUGGGUAGGGACGUGGGAAAUACCCAGUGUCUCCCCACGCCGGGAUCUUCCGAUUCCGUGGAUGGGCAGCUCCUGAGUCAGAUGCAGAGAAUGACCGUGGACGACCAGGUUCUCGCAGGACAAGCCGCAGUGUAUCCAGAGAUGGAAGCAGAGGAGUCUCGGAUUACAACUUUCCAUAACUGGCCCACCGGUUCCUCCGUACAGCCAGAUGUUCUUGCUAGAGCCGGUUUCUUUUACACUGGGCAUGGGGACAAUGUGAAAUGCUUCUACUGUGAUGGCGGCCUGAGGAACUGGGAACCAGGGGAUGAUCCAUGGCAGGAACACGCCAAGUGGUUUCCACGAUGUGAGUUUUUGCUUCAGACAAGAGGACGUGAAUAUGUUAAUAACAUUCAAGAUUCUUAUUUCAAUAUUAGUGGAACUGUGAGUGGAUUGCAAACUUCUGCUAGAGACAUCAGCUCAGGACAUGACACGGUAGGCAGCCAGGACGCCGCAUCUGCACUGGCAUCCCCCGUGGUCCAGUCUGUUCUGCAGAUGGGCUUUGAGCCCAGCAUAGUGGAGAGUCUGGUCCAGACCAAGUACCUGCUGACAGGCACCCAUUACUCCUCCGUGUCUGACCUGGUGACAGAUGUCCUGCAGGCAGAGGAGGAGGACAGGCGGAGGUCUGAGCAGGCCCAAGAGCAGACAGCACGAGAGGAUCUCAUUGCAAGAGGGGACAGAACACAGACUCGCACCAGAGAAAAAGUGGUGGGGGACCUGAGCCCAGAGGAACAGCUGAGGCAACUGCAGGAGGAGCGUACCUGCAAGAUCUGCAUGGACAAGUUGGUAUCUAUUGUUUUCAUCCCCUGCGGCCACCUCGUGGUUUGCACGGACUGCGCAGCCAGUUUGCGGCACUGCCCCAUCUGCCGGGCAGUCAUCCGGGGCAGCGUCCGUGCGUUUAUGUCCUGA